CAAUCCCUUCACUUGUUUGAGUGGUCUAGAAGGUGCAAUCUUGUGAGCUAAGAUCAGAGAGCAAGUUCAGAAAUUUUGUGUUGCAGGGUUGCGAUAGUGAAAAAAGAUUUAAAUGGAUCAAGGCAAGUCUAUGGUGGAGAGCACAAGCAAUGGACACCUGCCCAAAAGAUGGAAGCCAAAUUUAGAACAAAGGCGGAUAUUAGAGUCCAUAUUUGCUACUGGAACCAAAAACACAAGAAGGGAACGGAUAGCUCAGAUUACUGCUGUGCUACAACAAUAUGGCAGAGUGGAACAAAGAAAUGUUUUCUAUUGGUUUCAAAAUGCAAAUAAUCGAAACAAGCUUUGUAGAAGAAGAAGAGAGUGGACGGUUUCAGAGGAAUUCACCAACAGAUGUUUCCGAAUUAGCAACUUUGCAAUUAUUUCCUUUACAUCCUGAUAAAGGAGGAAGUACUUAACAGCCGAAGAAACUUUAUGAGAUUUUUGGCAACUGAUUAUUGGGUUUUUAAG